AUGUCCACUGAGUACAACGUUGUUGUUUUUGACAAGCCAAAUGUCGACAGAUUAAAAGUUAGAUCUCAACAUCUUGCUGGCAUUGUCCUGGCAGUCAAUUCUGGUGUUCUUACCUUGGGAGGAGCCAUCUACCACGACGAGGCUAAGACUAAAUUCGCUGGUAGUACGUUGCAAGUUGCUGCCAACUCUAAACAAGAAGUAAUUGAUUUCUUGAAGACUGAUGUCUACUACAAAGAAGGAAUCUGGGAUCUUGACAAUGCUAUUAUCCACCCAGUUGGCUUAGCUGUACGUUUGCCAAAGAAGUUGGACGGUGUUCCCGACUCGUUCUACAACGUCUAG